UCACUGCGACAGACACCUCCCUUCGAAAAUAAUAGGAGAGAGAAACUCACCUAUUUUUCUCUCAGCUCCCCCGACAAAAUCGCUAUGAUGGAGGCGACGACGUCGUCCGUGGAAGAACCUCCGUCUUCGUCGCAAUCACAACCGCAGCCGUCACCGCCACCACCGCCAGAGCAGACAGAGGAUUCUGCUGCCGGCGAAGAGGUGGAGGAUGAUGAUGAAGAGGAUGAGGAGGAUGAUGUUUCGGUUUCCAAAGCUCAGAAGUUUAUGGAAAUAAUUACUUCUUCUCCUGAUAACCCUAAUUUGAAAGCUCUUCAUGCCCUUGCUUCUCUCCUUGAAACUCAGGAAUCCAGGUACAUGGAAGAGGCAGAUCAUUCGUCCUCCAAUCAAACACGGGCUUCACACAGUAUUGGCCGCUUGGGUAAUAUAGUUCGGGAAAAUGAUGAAUUCUUUGAAUUAAUAUCAUCAAAAUAUCUAUCAGAGUCUAGAUACUCAACAUCUAUCCAGGCUGCUUCGGCGAGGGUGCUUCUUAGCUGUUCGGUAACUUGGAUGUAUCCCCAUGUUUUUGAAGAUGCUGUUACGGAAAACAUAAAAAAUUGGGUGCUGGAUGACAGUGCGAGAGAUUCCUGUGGUGAUGGUGGCUUAUGGAAACAGCAAUUUGGUGAGAAAAAGUGCUCAGAUUUUGAUAUGCGCAAGACCUACUCUACAGGCCUACUCGCGUUAGGCUUAACCAGUGGUAGUCAAGUUGUUGAAGAUGUCUUAACUUCUGGUUUGUCGGCUAAGCUGAUGCGUUGUCUUCGAAAUCGGGUCCUGGGUGAGACAAGUAUUAGUCAAAAAGACACAACUCAUGUGCUGGACAGUAAAAGUGCUUCUCUUGGAGGCGGAGGAAGAGGUAGAGAUGAAAGUCGUGCCAGGUUACGACCAUCGCUGGAGGCUGCUUCUCUAGAUGAUUCCAGGAUACAAGAAGAUGGAGGUUCAGCAGAUUUAGUUGGUGAGAGGGACCAUGAUAGAAGCUUUAAUUGGCAGGUGCAUGGAGAAGAACAAUGGAUUAAUGCAGAGCCACCUGAUGGAUUGGCUGAAGAGGUUGACAUUCAUGAUGCAGAUAUUGAUGGAGAGGGUUGUUGGCGUGGGCGGGAUGUGCUUGAUGGGAGGUUGAAAAUUGGGGAAAGAAACGGACCUGGGAGAUCCUUGCAUGAUGAGGAUUAUAAUGAAAGCACAAGAGAUGAUUCUGCCAGACGUAGAGUGAACCGGUGGAUGAGGUCCAGGGGGAAAACCAGGGUUAAUGAAAGUACUAUAGAGCCUGAACAGCCUAUUAUGUCUCCUGGGUCAGGAAGCCGUGGGGGGCAAUUGCGUAGUAGUAGGGAGAGAAGUACAACUAGAAACUUGGAUGGUAAACGAGGGACUGAUAAUAAGAAAAGCUCAGGCAGGACAACUGCUGAAGGCAAGGCAGUGGAUAGAGAAGAUAUUGAUGAAUGCAUCUAUGAGUGCAGAAUAGGCACCAAGGACAUCUCAGAUCUUAUAAAAACUGCUGUUAGAUCUGCUGAAGCUGAAGCAAGAGCUGUCGACGCACCAAUAGAAGCUAUCAAAGUUGCUGGAGAGGCUGCUGCUGAACUUGUGAAAAGUGCUGCAAUGGAUGAGUUCGCAGCUACAAAUAGCGAAGAUGCUGCAUUUUUGGCAGCUUCAAGAGCAGCAUCCACUGUUAUUGAUGCAGGCCAUGCAGCUAACACAGAUGAAGUUUCAAGGAACUCUGACAAUGCCAGUGUGGAUUUACCAAAAGAUGGAGCUGCUGAGCCGGAUCAGAACGAUGAUAUAGAAUUUUUUAUCCCAGAUAGUGAUACACUUGCACAGCAAAUGGAGAAGUAUUGCAUCCAGUGUCUUGUGCUCUUAGGAGAAUAUGUUGAAGUUUUGGGGCCUGUGCUGCAUGAGAAGGGGGUAGAUGUUUCCCUAGCAUUAUUACAGAGAUAUUCCAAAGAAAAAAAGGAAUCAGAAAUUGUCUCUUCCCUGCCUGAAGUGUUGAAGCUGAUAUGUGCUUUAGCUGCUCAUAGAAAAUUCGCUGCAGUGUUUGUGGAUCGGGGUGGCAUCCAAAAGUUGCUUGCUGUACCAAGAGUCCUCCACACUUUCUUUGGCCUUUCUUCUUGCUUGUUUACUAUUGGGUCUCUUCAGGGCAUCAUGGAGCGUGUUUGUGCUCUGCCCUCUGAUGUAAUUCGUAGGCUGGUUGAGUUGGGUCUACAGCUUCUGGAGUGCCCGCAGGAUCAGGCCCGAAAAAAUGCAGCUUUAUUCUUCGCCGCUGCAUUUGUAUUCAGAGCUAUUCUUGAUGUUUUUGAUGCACAGGAUGGUUUGCAGAAAUCACUUGGUCUUUUGCGUGAUGCUGCUUCUGUAAGAUCAGGAGUUAAUUCAGGGACCUUGGGUGCUUCAGCCCCAGGAGCACUUAGAAAUGAUCGAUCAAAUGCUGAUGUACUUACAUCAUCUGAAAAACAGAUAGCUUAUCACACUUGUGUUGCUUUGCGACAGUAUUUUAGAGCACAGCUGUUGUUGCUGGUGGAUACUGUCCGUCCUAAUAAAAGCAAUCGAAGCAUAGCUCGUCAUAUUCCAAGCAUUAGAGCUGGCUAUAAGCCUCUUGACAUAAGCAAUGAAGCCAUGGAUGCAGUUUUUCUUCUGAUACAAAAGGACCGGAAGCUUGGUCCUGCUUUGGUCAGAGCUAGAUGGCCAGCAGUUGAGAGAUUUUUAGCUUGUAAUGGACACGUGACAAUGCUGGAGCUGUGUCAGGCUCCACCUGUUGAGCGUUAUCUGCACGACUUGCUUCAAUAUGCGUUGGGUAUUUUGCAUAUUGUUACAAUAGUACCAUAUGGCCGGAAAUUGAUCGUUACUGCCACUUUAAGCAAUGAUCGUGUUGGGAUAGCUGUCAUUUUGGAUGCUGCUAGUGGGCCUGGCUAUAUAGACCCUGAUAUUAUUCAGCAGGCAUUAAAUGUGUUGAUCAACCUUGUUUGCCCUCCACCAUCAAUCAGCAAUAAAUCGCCUCUCCUUGCACAAAAUCAGCAAUCUAUUUCAGUCCAAACUUCAAAUGUUUCUACAGAGACUAGAGAUAGAAAUACAGAGAGGAGUGUCUCUGAUCGAUCGCAUCCUGUGCCCGGUCAAAAUGAAGCAAGAGAGCGAAAUGGUGAACCCAGUACUGCAGAACGGGGUCUGUCUACGAAUAAUAUCAUGCAAAGCCCAUCUCCAAACAUAGCCUCCGGGUUAGUUGGAGAUCGUAGAAUUUCCUUGGGUGCUGGAGCUGGUUGUGCUGGCCUUGCUGCUCAGUUAGAACAAGGAUAUCGCCAAGCAAGAGAGGCUGUUCGUUCCAAUAAUGGCAUUAAGGUUCUUCUGCAACUCCUUCAAACCCGUGUGGUAUUGCCUCCAGCAACUCUUGAUUGUUUACGUGCACUAGCGUGCCGAGUUUUGCUUGGCUUGGCCAGGGAUGAUACUAUUGCACAUAUAUUGACAAAGCUCCAGGUUGGCAAAAAGUUGUCAGAAGUGAUAAGAGAUUUGGGAAACCAGAACCCUGGAACUGAGCAGAACCGGUGGCAAACAGAGCUUACACAGGCAGCUAUUGAGUUAAUUGCGAUUGUGACGAAUUCAGGCCGCGCAAGUACUUUAGCUGCUACUGAUGCCGCUACCCCUACACUAAGGCGUAUAGAGAGAGCUGCUAUUGCUGCAGCUACCCCUAUUACAUACCAUUCAAGGGAACUCUUGCUGCUUAUGCAUGAACACCUACAGGCUUGUGGUUUAUCCUCUAGUGCUGCUACACUGAUGAAAGAGGCACAGUUGACACCUCUGCCAUCCUUAUCUGCACCAUCAUCUCUUGCUCACCAUGCUUCUGUACAGGAGAUGCCAUCUAUACAGAUUCAGUGGCCAUAUGGCCGGGCUCCUGGUGGAUUUCUCAACAACAGGUUAAAGAUGCUGACCCAGAAUGAGGAACCCCACUUAACAUGUGAUUCGGCUGUCUCUGUAAAGAAGAAGCCUCUAUUUUUUUCAUCUAGCUUCAGUGGCCGAUCAAAGGGUCGGCCUUCAUAUGCGGAGAUGCAAACACCUUUCGUGAGCAAGGCACACAGUAGUUCAAGAAGGGACCUGGGACCUGCAGUUCCAUCAGAAACUCCUGUACCAGCUUUGGAAAUGACUUCUGAUGCUGAUGCUCAUGUGAAAACCCCAAUAGUGUUGCCUAUGAAAAGGAAGCUUACAGAGCUGAAGGAGGUUGUUUUAGCCUCGUCUGCAAAACGGUUGAAUGCCGGUGAUCACGGAUUAAAAUCUCCUGUAUUCCAAACUCCAAAUAGCAUUCGCAGAGGAAGUCUUUUAAACGACUUGUCAGGUGCUGCUACCCCAAAUUCUAGCUUCAAGGAUUUGUAUGGGCGGCAAACACCUUUAGCUGGCCAGGUUGAGAAUUUUGAGGAUGGUCAGUACAAUGAUUCUCCUCUUCCUCCCUCCCAUCCAGGGCUUUUAGGUGAUUUACAACCUGCCAACUCUGAAAGGCUGACCUUAGACUCUAUUGUUGUUCAGUACUUGAAGCAUCAGCAUCGCCAGUGUCCUGCUCCCAUAACUACUCUACCUCCCCUUUCUCUCUUACACCCUCAUGUUUGUCCUGAACAUAGACGAAGCCUUGAUGCUCCAUCGAAUGUGACUGCUCGCCUUUCUACUCGUGAAUUCAGAAGUAUGUAUGGUGGGAUCCAUGGAAGUAGGAAAGAUCGUCAAUUUGUGUACAGCCGGUUCAGGCCAUGGCGAACCUGUAGAGAUGAUGCUGCUGCCCUUCUGACAUGCAUGACAUUUCUUGGUGACUCUUCCCAGAUUGCUUCUGGAAGUCAUUCUGGAGAGCUCAAAAUUUUUGACACCAAUAGUAAUAAUAUUUUGGAAACUUGUACCAGCCAUCAGACUCCUUUAACACUUGUUCAGUCGCAUCCUUCUAAUACGACUCAUCUAGUGCUCUCUUCCAGCUCCCUUGAUGUGAAGUUGUGGGAUGCAUCUUCGAUUUCAGGUGGGCCUAUCCAAACUUUUGAAGGAUGUAAGGCUGCUAGGUUUGGCAACGCUGGGACUUGUUUUGCAGCCUUACCUAGUGAAACAUCUCAACGAGAAAUUCUCUUGUAUGAUGUGGCAACACACCAGUUGGAUCAGAAACUGUCAGAUACAUCUUCUGGUUUUUCUGGUCGAGGUAAUGCAUACUCUAUUUUACACUUUAGUCCUUCAGAUACAAUGUUGCUUUGGAAUGGUGUCUUAUGGGAUCGAAGGGUUUCUGGUCCUGUCCAUCGAUUUGACCAGUUCACAGAUUAUGGUGGUGGCGGCUUUCAUCCUGCCGGAAAUGAGGUUAUUAUAAACUCGGAAGUUUGGGAUCUGCGGAACUUCAGGCUUCUUAGAAGUGUGCCUUCUCUUGACCAAACUGUAAUCACAUUUAACAGUAGUGGGGAUGUCAUUUAUGCCAUAUUGAGGAGGAAUCUUGACGAUAUAAUGUCGUCGGUUCACACUCGUCGUUGCAAACAUCCACUGUUUUCUGCAUUUCGCACAUUGGAUGCUGUGAACUACUCUGAUAUUGCCACCAUCCCCGUGGAUCGGGCUGUUCUAGACUUUGCAGCCGAGCCAACAGAUUCAUUCGUUGGGUUGGUCACUAUGGAUGACCAGGAUGAGAUGUUCUCAUCUGCUAGGGUUUACGAGAUUGGUCGCAGAAGACCUCCCGAUGACGACUCCGAUCCCGAUGAUGUUGAAAGUGAGGAGGAUGAAGAUGACGACGACGAUGAUGAAGAUGAUGUGGAUCUAGAUCCCAUUUUAGGCCCAGAUCUUGACGGAGACGGUGAUAGUGACGGUGAUGAUCACGACGAUACCGGGAGCGAUGAUGAUGAUGAUGAAGAUGAUGGCGACUUCUUGGUAGAUGGUGGCGGUUAUGAUGUAGGGGGUGGGAUUCUCGAGCUUUUGACAGAAGGGGAUGAAGAUGACGAUGAUGACAGCGACAUGAUGGGAUCUUAUAGCAGUGGGGAUGAAUUCAUGUAAUGGUAAAUUGCCUGAUUAGGGUAAGGAGAGUUGUUGGGUUUCAAAGGUCCAUACAGGGUUACCAUUAUCUCAAAUGGAAAAAUAGGGUUUGGUAUUCGGUCUUGUAACUAUAGUUAGUUUAGGACACAUAUAUCGCGUAUCGCCUACCUUCUUCCAAGAGUCAUUAUAGAGAGAGAUAAAGAGAUGGGUAGCUAGCUAUUCUUUUCCUGUUCAGGAUUUUGAUUUCAUUAAUGUCAAGUAGUGUCGUCAAUAAUUUAACUAAUAUGAUUGCUCUUUUGUUGCUUUGUAA